AGCCGAAAAUUUGCCCAAAAAUCGAGUUUUCAGAAUUGUAAUUUUUGUGUUCCUACUACCAUCCCGCACCUGCCUGCAACUUUUUAUUAAAAAAUACCAAGUAUUUACGGCGUAACAGCAAUUCAAAGAUUCGUUGGCACACCCACAGACCUUUAAAUUGUGGACAAAUCGCACUUAUUUCGGCUGCCUGUAACUCGCGAACGGCUCGCUCCACCGCGGCCAUUUUGGUAUCGUUGGAAAGCUUGUGCGUUUGGCUUCUUUUUAUCACUCGGUAAGCAACCCUGUUGUCGCCGCCUUCACAAAUAAAACGGAAAAAAAAAAGUGCCCAUAGAAAGUCGUCAUUGGCCAGUUGGGAUCACGUGGCUAAGAUGGCGUCACCUUAUUGGCUUAGGGCACUGGAUUGAAAAAUCUGGCUGGUAGAGGCGCCAUUUUGCCUUUGGUUGCGACCGCGCUACGACGAACAUGCCUGGAGGACCGAAAAAGUUCCACACUGUGUAUCAGUUCGGCCGAAAGCGAGCGAAAAAUAAGAAACGCGCUAAGGGCACGACAUCGCGGGACACUGCAACGGAUCAGCAAGCGACCCUCGUCGCUAAGACACCCGACAACGGCGAUGGAGGUGAUAGCGGUUCGACAUCGCGCGGCCCUGCAACCGAUGCGCAAGUGACUCGUGGUGCUGGGGUAUCCGACAACGGCAGUCCGCUAAAUAAGGGCACAACCUCGCGCGGCUCUACAACGGGUCAGCAAGCAACUCGCGGCGACGCUGGUGAUAGCGAUCUGCAGUAUGACGGCAUCCUUCGCGCCGACUCCGGCCGUGUGAUAGUUGCGGCACGCGGCGACGCUGGUGAUAGCGAUCUACAGAACGACGGCUUCCUUGGCACCGACUCCGGCCGUGUGAUAGUUGCGGCUCGCGGCGACGCUGGUGAUACCGAUCUGCAGAACGACGGCAUCCUUCGCGCCGAUACCGGCCGUGUGAGAGUUGACGCUAGAACUGUCACGAGCAGCGAAAUAGCUCAAGUGAGUGCCCGUGAUCAAGUCACGCUUGAUAGACUCGAGUCGACGCCGGCAACAGCGCGAAAGACUGCUGUUUUCACUGAUGCAAGUGACGCGUCAUCGGCCUCAGCCGUGGACAAUGCUGCUUUAUACGCGAUUGUUGACCUGAACCUUCUGAAUGUGCUGCUCGCUGCCCUGCAGUGCAAGGUAUGCGGAGGGUGUGCGAAACUAGUCACGGGCGACCGUGACUACGGCCUCGCCAAGAAACUGGUCGUGUUGUGCGAGAAUUGUGGUGAAGUUGCGGCGCAAUGGAAUUCGCGCAGAGUUGAUGGUGAAAAGACAUGUAAUCCAUUUGAGAUUAACAUGUUAGCCACACGUGCAAUGCUCAGCAGUGGAAAUGGCCAAACAGCCAUGAACGACAUCUUCGCGUCGAUGGGGCUUUCGCGCCGGGGGCUCCACAAUAAAACGUUUCAGCGCCACCUGAAGAAGACGCUAGAGCCUGCUGCCACCCGAGCUGCCGCGACCGUUAUGACUCGGUGCGCGAAAGAAGUCACUGAACUGUAUGAUGACAUUUGUUUUGGACACAAAAAGAACAUUGCCGUGUGCUACGACGGAACUUGGUUGACAAGGGGACAUUCCUCACAUAUUGGUGUUGGAACUGUUGUGGAGCUCUUCACUGGAUAUGUGCUCGAUUAUCAUGUGAUGUCUAACUUUUGUUUGGGGUGCGAGAAUGGUCCUAAGCCAGACAGUGAGGGCUAUGACCUUUGGAAGUUGAGCCACCAGUGCCAGAAAAACACAAGCUGCAAGUCUGGCCAGAUGGAAGUAGAAGCAGGCAAAAUCUUGUUUGAGAGGUCGCUUCAGCGACAUAACCUUCGUUAUACCACCAUGUUGUGUGACGGUGACAGCCGCACAUACAAUGCAAUUAGAGAGGCAAAAGUUUACGGAUACAUUGAAGUAGAAAAAGAGGAUUGCGUUAACCAUGUCAGAAAACGCAUGGGCACUGCACUCCGCAACUUAUUACAGAAACACAAGGGUGAAGGCAAACGAAGCCUCGGUGGCAAGGGGAGAUUGACAGCUGAGCUGGUCGACAGGUUGGCUAUCUACUAUGGCCGAGCCCUAAAAUCGCAUGUUGGUGAUGUGGAAGCCAUGAGCCGUGCAGUGAUGGCAACUUUUUAUCAUGUGACUUCCACUGACAGUUGCCCAAACCACGCCCUGUGCCCGGCUGGUGAGCAGUCUUGGUGCCCCCACAAUGCAGCAAAGGCCAAAGGGGAGCCAGAGCCUAGGCACAAGUAUAAUUUGCCUAGUGAUGUGGCUGCAGCUCUUUUGCCAGUGUACCAGCGCUUGUCAGAAAAGAGCCUGCUGCAGAGGUGCCUGAGGGGAAGGACUCAGAAUUCGAACGAGUCUCUGCACUCUGUAAUCUGGAGCCUGCUAGCAAAAGAGCAGCACUGGUCUCUAGUUGCAGUACAGGCAGCUGUUGCAGAAGCUGUGCUACGUUUUAAUGCCGGCAACGAGUAUGCAGCUGCAGCAGUGCUAACACAGCUGGACAUGAAUAUAACACCCACUGGGUCCAGCAGGGCAAAAGAAAAGGACUUGCGGCGUAGCACAAGUUCUUCCAAAAAAAGGGCAGCAUCACUUGGCCUUGCUAAGGCAGUCAAAAAAAAGCACCACGACAGCAUGCAUCCUGACUACUCCCCUGGUUCAUUUUGAGAGAUAUUGGUGGGGGUGUCUGUCAAUAAACGCAAAUAUUUUUGUCCGUUUUCUCAUAGCAGCAUUUCUGAUGGUGUCAUGGUCUUGGAGCAACAAUAUCUCCAGUUGUACUUAUCCUAUCGCAGUAAUUCUUUUUUU